AUGUUUUCUUCGAAACGAAAAGGGUCCAAGAACAGCCCUGUUUGCGAGGAGAAAAAACACUCCGGCUACUUCUCUGGCACCAGUGGCACCACCACACCCACAACCUCAGCACUCGAUACGUCUUUGGGUCAGAUGUUCGACAAGCUUCGUGAUGAUUCAAGAGAUGAGAAGGACACGAUGGGUGUUGAGUCGACCAUGGCCUAUCUUGAGAAUCUUGGCGUAGACCUCGAGAACGCCGAGAUGCUUGUAGUCGCAGAGCUUCUUCAGUCGCCAUCUAUUGGCGCGAUUACGAAAAAAGGCUACAUUGAUGGCUGGAAAACAACCGGCUCCGCGACGCGUCAAGCGCACGCCGCGCACGUCAAGUCUCUGGUCAACACACUCGCCACUGAUCCCGCUUACUUCAAAAAAGUUUACCGCUACACCUUUGUCGCUAGCAAGGAGGAGAACCAGAAGGCGCUAGCUCUCGACACAGCAAAGGUCUACUGGAGCGUCUUGUUCUCGCCACCAGGCUGGCAAUGGAAGACCAAGUCUCAUGACUGGCUCGAGUUGUGGUCGUCAUUCCUUGACGAGAAGUGGACUCGUUCUGUCAACCGCGACAUGUGGAACAUGAUUCUCGAGUUCGCCACCAAGACUAUGUCGGACGAGACCUUGUCCUUCUGGAACGAGGACGGUGCCUGGCCGAGUGUUAUUGACGACUUCGUGGCUUGGUGCAGAGAAAAGGGGGUUGGAAAGGCCGAUUCCGCUCUUAUGGACGUUGACGCUUAG